UCGCUUUACUCGCUCAUUUCUCGGAAGAGUAUUGAUACCCUUAAGGAGUUCUAUAGGUCAGACGUCAGCAAUGAUGAAUGGUUACUCAUCAAGAAGCUGAAGCCGCUAUUUGACAUUCCUUAGGUGGUAUCUCGGCUUAUGGGGUUGAUGACGUUGGGCAGGUAAUGCGUGAUGAUUGAUGGGGUGGGGCGGGGGAGUUUGUAUUGCAUAGCAUUUGGACGACAGAUCAUUUUUCUUCGUGCCUUCCUCGUGUUGGAUUGUUUAGCAUUGCAUGGCAUUGCAAAAGUUGUAGAUAGAACAGAAUACAAAAACUACAAUAUCCUUAAGCCACCUAGGCCACGAUCGAUACUGCUGAAGGGAGCUGUGGCUGAAAAUGCGUUGUCACGUGGGCUGCUGCCUUGUAUCUCACUGCAAUGUUUUCUCAACCCCGCCCCGCACUUCCGCACUGCAAAGGAUCGAGAGCGAGGCGGAUACCAGAAUAAAAUCCUAUGUCGAUUGUGGAAGAUGGCAUCAUGGCAGGCAAUGAAAGUCCCAGAGCUUAGAGCCGAAUUAAAGCAUCGAGACCUGCCUCACAAGGGCGUCAAAGCCACUCUAACCGCACGACUCAAACAUACAGACGGACUUCCCUUGAAUUAUGAAGACAGGAAAACCCAUUACGAGCUAAAAUUGAAAGAGUUUCAAGCCGAACCUAUAGCUAACGUUGCGCCGUUCCCUUAUUUCAAUAAAUUUCCCCUGGAGAUACAGAGACUUAUCGUAAGAACUCAUCCUGGCUAAAUUGGGAAUUCUCCCUGCCUGCUCCAAGAGUCAUAAGAUACCCGAAUGGGGGAGUGAUUUGUGAACAUCGACUCUACCUCCCGAAAGAUCAUCAGCCUCCAAAUCCAGCUGCAUUAAGCACGUGUCGAGAAUCAAGAGCCGCCGCACUGAAGAGAUACAAGCUCUGUUUCGGUA